GAAAGUUCAAACGAGUGAAAAGUUCAUCCCUCUCCCUCAUGUCGCCGCCGUCUCGGCGACCGCCGCCGCCGUCGCGGCACUUUCUCCCUCCCAGCCCUAGCCUAGCCUGAGAUCUCCGGCCACCGGAGGAUGGCCCAGCCUCGACGGCGCGGCGGCGGCGGCCAGAGCGCGUGCCCGCGCCCGGCCCUUCUGCCGGCGGCGGCGCUCCUGCUCUUCCUCCUCGCGGCGGUCGCGCUGCUCUACGUCUCCCCGCCGCCGCUCUCCGAUCACCCGGCCCUCGCUUCCUCUCGCGGCCGCUCCCCUCAUGCCCUGGUGCUGAACAACUCCGGCGGCGGCAGAACGGUGGAGUCCGAGCACCGCGAGAUUUCGCACGUUCCGAGAGAGGCAGAUGGCCUUUGGGGUUCUAAGUUUGCAAGCAGAUUCUAUGGGUGCAGCAGCUCAAGCAGCAGAUUCCUUGGCUCAAGUAUUAUCACACAACCAGAUCGUUAUUUGAUGAUUGUUACAAGUGGAGGCCUCAAUCAGCAGAGAACAGGGAUAAUUGAUGCUGUUGUUGCAGCACGUAUCUUAAAUGCCACACUUGUAGUUCCCAAACUGGAUCAAACAUCUUUCUGGAAAGAUGCAAGCAAUUUCUCUGAAAUUUUUGACGUCGACUGGUUCAUCUCAUAUUUAUCAAAGGAUGUAAAGAUUGUGAAAGAGCUUCCACAGAUAGGAGGUAAACUGCGGACUCCUCAUAGAAUGCGCGUGCCCCGAAAAUGUACUCAGAGAUGUUAUUUGAACCGUGUGUUGCCUGCACUUCUUAAGAAACAUGUUGUUCGGCUGACAAAAUUUGAUUAUAGGCUAGCGAACAGGUUGGACACUGACCUGCAGAAGCUGAGAUGCAGAGUUAACUAUCACGCAUUGAGAUUCACUGGCCUAAUAGAAGAAAUGGGAGAAAAGUUAAUACAGAGAAUGAGAGCAAGAAGCAAAAAUUAUAUUGCUCUUCAUUUAAGAUUUGAACCUGAUAUGCUUGCCUUUUCUGGGUGCUAUUAUGGUGGUGGAGAAAAAGAGAGAAAGGAACUUGGUGCAAUACGGAAGAGAUGGAAAACCUUGCAUGCUACCAACCCUGAGAAAGGAAGAAGGCAAGGUAGAUGCCCAUUGACUCCUGAAGAGGUGGGGCUGAUGUUGAGGGCACUGGGCUACAGAAAUGACGUUCACAUUUAUGUUGCAUCUGGAGAGAUAUAUGGCGGGGCAAGGACAUUAGCACCCCUCAAAGCACUCUUCCCCAAUCUCCACACAAAAGAAACAAUAUCAAGCAAAGAGGAGCUGGCUCCAUUCUCUAAAUUCUCAUCUCGCAUGGCUGCACUUGAUUUUAUGGUAUGUGAUGGAAGUGAUGCUUUUGUGACUAACAACAAUGGUAACAUGGCUAAAAUUUUGGCUGGGCGAAGGAGAUAUUUUGGGCAUAAGAGAACAAUCCGGCCAAAUGCUAAAAGGCUAUAUUCUCUAAUUUUGAACAGAAGAAACGUGUCAUGGGAUUCAUUCUCCUCAAGGGUGCGCAUGGUUCAGAAAGGAUUUAUGGGAGAGCCCAAGGAACUCAGGCCAGGAAGGGGAGAAUUCCAUGAGAACCCUUCUACCUGUAUAUGUGAAAGAACUGAUGGCAAAACAGCAGCCAAAUCUAACUCCCAAACUGAGCAAGUCUUAAGUAAUGAUACUGAGAGAGGCAUAGCCAUUCAAACUGAGGAAGUCUCCAGUAAUGAUACUGAGAGAGGACUAGCCAUUGGCGAGCCCGUAGUUUCUGAUGAAGAGGCCGGUGAAUCUGAGGUAGAAGAAGAUGCUUCUGGAGAGAGAGAGGAGACAAUUGAUCCUGAAGCGGAUGAUGAUGCGCUGGUCAGACUAGAGGAUCCAGAGUUGGAAGGGAUUCUUUCAGAUUAGUUGCGUUGUCUAUGCUUCACCAACCAAUUUUUUUUGGUGAGCAAUUGAGGAAUUUUGCCCCUCUAAACUGUACAUAACCAUUUUUAGAUGUCAAUAUACAUCCUCCGCUCUAGGCUAGUAGUUCAUAGUGAUACUUUUCAGUAGUCCACUCCAGUGUCAUGGCGACGGUUGAUCUCUUGGAAGUUUUUGAGUUUUGUAACACUUGUGGUUUACGAUGCCAUAGCUUGUAGCAUGCUUUUUUUGUACCUGUUAUGCAGCCCCCUUUUUGUGGUGUCUAAAAAUGGAUGUUCUUUUUCAAGCGCAAUUGAUUUGCAUUGUCUGAA